AUGGACCACUGUGCCAAAAGGGAGUUUGGACGCAACGUCACAAAUGCCCCAGCGGGAAAAGAAUCUUUUGCGGGAUUGCAGCUGGCGACGAGUGCCCUGCAGAGCAGCAAGUCCGCUGAACGCUUAAGGCGACCUCAAAAGCGCGCCGGACGCGGUGAUGACCACGAGGAUGCGGCCCACCUUGCCACAGCGAUGGCAGCAAAGCGGUGGUGCACGGAUGAGGAGGAGGUUCGCCGCCAGUCGUCGCUCGGGCUGGUGGCGGGAAUUGCGCCCGCUACGAGUCCCGCCCGCAGCGCGUCGGAGAGUGCCAGUAGCAUCGAGGCCUGCUUCGACGACGAUGCUGUGAACUUGCAAGAGUCGCCGUCUGCGUGUGUGGAGCUGUUGGCUGCCGUGGAGCAGUCCGACACGGCGGUGAUGGCGGGGCUGCGUUGCGUGGGCGACGCCACAUCCGCCUUCUCGCUCUCCUCGCAACCGUCAGCGCCGCCUCCCUCGCCCGCUGUGAUCCCAUUGCUUUUUUGA